AGUUUAGAUGACUUAAACACUGAAGAUUCGGAUGCCUCGUCCAUUCCCGAUCUUUCUUUUGACAUUCUUGCUCAGAUAGACUCCCCAACGCCAUUUAUAUGCAUCACAGAUGACAAUGACGUCACCCACACGCCAGAUUCUCGCGGAACGCCGAUACACUUUAUAGUAAGGAUAUGUUGCAAUUUUAAUGAAGUAAAACGCAUUUUGAUCAGCGGAUGAAAUUCAAGUGAAGAAAUUAUCCUCGCAGGUGAGCUGCAAUUUAAGAAAAGAAAAGACACCUGAAAAAGAUUCAUCCUUCGUCUUCUUUGCUACAUUCACGACAAAGGGCCUAGGUUCGAAUCCUGUUGAAGCCUGAACUUUUCCUAGCUUGUUUUCUGCAAUUGCUUAAAUUGGAGUUCACCUGCUAGGAUUAUUUUUUUACUCGAGGAAGGGUAGAUUUAGUUUGCGUGGUAGGCUAACUCAGGGAAUAGGCUUUGGGACAGGCGUCGUUGAAUUUUGUUGCUCAGGCGAGCGCAGUUAGUCAGGUAAGCGCAAAGGAAGCGUGAAUAGCGCACGAGAGGUGAGACGUGCAUUUAUCUUCUUCCUUUUACCCAAUAAAAUAGAAGGGGGGCACACGAGCUACCCCCUCCUAUUCCCACGGGGAUGUUGGUAGCAACCUGUUCAAGAAACCGCCAUAGGCUCCGUCGUUGGGCUCCUAACACUUCUACUGUUCGUGCUCAAGCUAGCGUGACGACGAACGGUUUGCUGAUGUCUUUUGGAGCCACGCCGUGAAUAAUAUUCUUAAGUGGCUUAAUCCCUUAAACAAAGGAAUAAAUUGUUCAAAGCAUUGUCGUUUUGUUGAUUAUUUUAUUGUCUGUAGGGAAAAGGAACUUAAUUACAAGACUUAAGCUGUGGACGAAAAACUUUAACCAAUUAUACUCGUCUGAGAAAAAAGCGACUUAGAUGAGAACGUAAAAUUUGUCUGAAAAUCGAAACAAAGCUUUUCCACAACGAGACAAGCUGUUUAUAUAAUCGGCUGAAAAACGAUCAACAAAUGUUAUUAUCUUUCCCUAAUUCUAGUUUCAUCUAUUGAAUACAAAGAAUAGCUGUUUCCUGCUGUCAAAAAGUAACAUGAAUUUGACACUUAUGCAUUCAAACUGAUUUUAAUUCAGCUCUGUUAGUCUUAUUAAAAUCAGUUAAGCGACUACCAUGGAAUUCAUCAAAACCGUUGCAGAUAAAUUCCGUUAAAUCAGAGUACAUGGCGUACAUUAUUUCCUAACAGACCUUCAGGUAUGUCUUUCCGAAAGAUUCCUCAGUUAAGUAGCUGUUGUUUGCAUUCCCUUAUCACUCAGCAUCGACAGGAGAAAGUAGCGUAUGCAGUUGGGAAUUCACUACAAAUUUCAACUUCACGCAAAUCCUGGCAUUGUAAGUGGUUCAAAUGUAAAGUUUCUUUAACUGUGGGAGAAAACAAAGGCAUGCCACCUAAAAAAGAUUUUUUUUCACAUCAGUUUAACUACUGAACAUGCGGGAAUUUUUACUGCGUUUGAGUUAUAUUGUAGUUGUAUGGUAGUUUUGAUUACAACGGGUUGCCAUUACUAUCUCAUCGAACGGCGUGGAUCUAAUCGAGGUCGUACGAUUUUAAGCGCAUAGUUUGAAAAAAAGAUGGAUGAAAUAUCUAUUCAAUGAUACUCGUGCAAACAUAAACGUGUUUGAAAAUGACAAACCACUUUCCUAGUUGAAAUAUUAAUUGAAAAAUUAGGAUGAAGUAGCAUGACAAGGGAAGAAAAACCAUUAAGCUUGAUUCUAGCUUAAAGGCUAUCAGUUACCAAUGUGAUACAGAACAAAAGCUGACAGACUAAAAGUAAACAUUGAAGGAGUUUACAGUUGCCACUUUUGGUUACAUUUUGGGUUACCGCGGAGAAGCUUAGUCCAAGACACGACAAUUGCGUUACAUUAUAUGUGUUCCACCAGCUACCAAGUACACCGGAAUAUUCAUAUUUAGUAUACACUAAAACAGUGCAUAGCGCUCUGAUUGGCUACUCCAACUCCGAAUAUAUAUAUAUAUCCAUUGCGAUUCACCUCUGAGCAACUCGCGCGGGAUUUGCGCCCAAAAACAUUGAAAUCGUUGGAAGAAUAAAUGAUUUAGAAUUAUCUUUUUGUGCUGUACUAUAGUAUAUACUAAAACAACUAUUUACCUUAGUGUCGGUGGUUAGCGGUAAAUAUCCAUCACUGGCCACCUCUACUUCGGUGAAUAGUUGCAAAGCAUACUGUAUAAAUAUUAAAAUGAAUACUUGUGGUAACAAAGUUUGAGUUAUCACCAGUUAAGUUUUCUCCGUAGUUUAAUCUGAUAGAGAUGAGAAUUUUUUUAAUAGAGGGAGGGGGGGAGGUCCUCUGCGUCUUGAGUCGGAGUAUAAGGACACUUAACGGUGGCCUGCGGCAUGUGGAUGUCUUUGAGCGAAGUUUUUAAACCUGAAACUACUCUGUUACUCGACCUGACAUGAUAUGAAGUAACAAAUAGACUGAAACAACUACAACAUCAACAACACGCGUUCAACGUUGACACAAUUCUGUAGAAUGCGAAGCACACAUUACAAAGUAUUGACGUAUUUUUGUACACAACUAUAAAGAUUCUAGAUACAUGUAUAUUGUCAAGACAAUUUACAUAUCUCUUGAUAUUGUUCAAUGUCUUAACAACAGUUGUACAUUUUGCGAUUGUUUUAGAAGAUCACAAUAUUAGUUAUGACGAGUAAAGUCCACUAGCGCUAUUUUUAUUGUUGUUAAAGAGUCUCACUACUCCUCCUCUUUUUUUUUUUAGUCAGAUUACGAAAUGGAAGUGGAAUUCAACGAUGACUUGGAAGCUCGACGAAGGUUCGAAUCCAGUCUACCGGACAACUGGAGCUUGUGUUCGUCCAAUACUCACAGCGGCAGAUUGUACUACUUCAACUCAGUGACUGGGGAGAGUCGAUGGGAGCACCCCCUGCUACCUGACAUGGACACCCCAGUGAGUGACAAACCGUUCAAAUAUGAAAAAUGUAGUUAGAAAACUGUAGUUAGAAAAUUAGGUGAGUGAUUUGACGCCUUAUAAAUGCAUCCUCUGGCUAUAGAAUCGACGAAAAAUUACAGUACUCCUGCUCCUGAUGACUUAUUCGUUUGAAGUGUCAAGAAUUUAAGUUCAUUCUAAGGCGUACAAGUGCGUUCAUUUCCGGUUAAAUCACGAAUUUGAAGUGAGCCUCUUCUAGGCAUGCAGUCAGUAAAAGGUUUGCGUCAAUAGCGUAAAGCGGAAAAGGGAGAAAGAAUAAUUAGCGGUUUCGUAAAGAAUGUUCGUAAAAGUUUUCGAUAGAAGAUCUUGAGCUUGAUUGUAGAUUAGAACCUUCUACAACCUCUUAUCUGUCAACAGGAUUGCCUCAAGUGGUCACGUGUGGGCUAAAAGACCUUUUUCAGAAAAAGGCUUCUGAAGCGUUCUUGCCGCAGCCCGUCCCACCUCCCUUUUUUGCUCUGGGUCAUUAUCGCCCCCGUCUCGUUUACUAACCUUAAACCCGUAACAGUUACUGUACUAUGAUCAGUAAUCCCUCUGUCGUAAAUGUUUUGAUAUUGGCAGAUCAAAGUUUACUCGAGCGUUUUUUGAAAUAUAUGAUGUCACUUGAUAGGAAUUCUUCGCGAGAUGAGAUAGCAUUUUUGAGUGAUAUGCAAUAUCAAGUUUGGCCAUAAAUGAGAUUCAACAUAAAUUUAGCGAGUCGAAUGUAGAAAGACUGCAUUUUAGUUAACGACUAAAUCGCGGUUGUCUGGCACUAAUGGAAACCCGUGUUCAAACACGUUCUCUCCUCCCUUCUCUUUGAUGACAUGACUGCUUUGUGAUCUUCUGUCGUCACUUUGUACCAGAAUUUGCUCCUUUUUUCAAAAUAAAUUCUUCACAGAUUAAAGAAAUUUCGUGAUUUCUAUCCUUCAUCCAUAAACACAGGAAAGUAGAUAGAAAAGGAAACGACAAAGAUUAAAGGCGCGGUCGGCGAUUUCCUUCAUAAUUAACUUUUAUUCUGAUCUUACUAUAAUUUUUUUUUCUCUUGGGACGCCACUGAAACAUUCUCUCAUUAAGAAGUCACCAAAUUCGAUUAAAUUCCCAUCUUCGAAUGGUCGAAAAAGAAAACUAAAAUGAUUAACAGUGUUAAAGGUCAAAUUACAGCCGGUGCGGAUUAUAUAUGAGAACAAUUACGAACGUUUUGAUCCGAUAUUGUUGGUAUUUGACAAAAGUAAUUCCUGAAGGACUGUAACUUCGGUCCGCACGUUUUACCAACUUCCUGUGACGAAAAAUCCUUCGUACUUUCAUCACAUUUCUUCUGAAAGAUAGAGAAGCCAAUACAGGGGAAAUGUUUAGGCGCCGUGAGUUGUGAAUUUAUCGGCCAGCGGCUUUCGUCAGAAUUUGUAGAUUCCCUCCAAAAACAUUCUGGACGCGUUGGAAAUGUUCCGAUAAAAUUGCACUCAAAGUUCGUUUUCUCUACAAUUUUGGUUUUAUUUUACAAUGCCUGGGAAGGUAAGACAUCUAUUUAAGUGUAGGACGCAUUUGAAUUUGUAGCCGUGAAUUAUUUUUCGUCCUAUUUCAUCGUGUGUUAGAGAAGGAUUUUAGAAUAUGUCGUCAUGGCCUGCCUGUUUAUCUUAAGGAAAAUAGGUUUACAGUUUUGAAAUACCUUUUGAGAAUUUUGUUUGUUUGAGACAAAUUCAUUUUCAUUUACAAAGGUGUUAAAGAGUUUUUCAGGGUUGAAAGAAAAUUCAAACACUGGUUUGCCGUAAAUUAAUGCGAUUAAUCGCUACAGUACUUCACCAGUUCGUCCGAUGUGAAGUUAUGUCAACAAAUGUUGGUAAAACUUUGAGUCUAGGGAACUAGUGGUUUUUUUACAUUUCCCUAAUCAAGAAAUUGUGAAAAGUGAUUUUUUGUAAUCAAUUACGAGGUGACUAAUUACGUGUGGUGGUAAGUAGGAAUUUUCGUCGAUUUGUUUCGUGGUUUUAUUGGAUGUAAACAAACUCGUGCGAGACGAAACGCUUGGUGACUUUGUGUUUAUAUUUUCAGGAAAAGGCAUCCAACUUCUCUUCAGGAUUUGUGGUGACCGAUUUUGUAAUGCCGGCUCGUGAUAAGCCAAUUUCUCAUCCGCCAGCAGACCCUCCUUUGUGCGAAAACGUAAGUUUGUCUGACAACUAUGAAAAGCACUUGAAACAAAAAUUAACGUAAAACCAAACAAGCUUGUGUUUAUUGAAUUUUAACAAGUUCUUAGUCUUUGUUCAAACGGCAAGCAAAUACCAUUAAUUAUUCACGAUUAUAACAGCUUAAAGAAAACUCCAAUAAGUUGAAAUUUUGUCACAUUUAAUUGAGUUACCAAUUAGCAAAUAAAAAUAAUUAUCCUUAAUAUAGAAAUUAUAAUUUGAAAGACCCAACUACGUAGGCGGAUUUAUAUAUCUAGGCAUUUAUAAAUUGUCAAUUAAAAGUCUUUCAAUUCAGGUAACACAAUACCUUAGAUUUCAAUGGAAGGUCUAGUUAAUUUUUCAUACUUGUGAAUUCUUUCAAGCAAGAAAACAAAAUAGUUAUUAUCAUAUCUUUUUACCUUGCUUUUUCAUUUUUUUGCAGUGUAGGAAGCUAGAGUUAACCUUCUUUGAUCCAAACUGUCCUGGCUGUCAAGAUAUUCUUUUAGAGUAAGUUUAUGCAAUCUUGGUUUUUGAUAAAUCUAUUGCAAUAUACUGCAUUAGUGUAAGCUACCCAUGACUCAACAUUCACACCCUUGUUUACAAGAAGACUUACAAUUAACCCUGUAACUCCCAUGAGUGACCAAGAGGGAAUUUCUCUUUACAGCAUCAAAUUAAUACAAUAUCAAGCAGACAAGUUAUAAGAAAAAAAAAUUCAAUGAGGGGAUUAUUAAUUGAUCCAAUAACAAAUUCUCUGAACUUAUAUUAUAAAAAUUGUACGGGCCGUAGUAAGGAGAAUUUCUAACAAGGUCUUGGGGACUGAAAGGGUUGAGGUGAUUCCCGAGUCAAUGAAGUUGAUAUAUUUUUGUGAAACUUGUCAUUAUCAUUAAAUUUCAAUCCAUUUUAGUUAUGUAAAAUGAGCCAUAAAAAGUAGGUUAUACUCUUGGUUAGAGGAAAUGACUGACCAUGAUUACUCUUUUCAUUAAUUCAACUGCAUCUUUCCAACGGAUGUGUAUUUCAUUGGUUCAUGUAUGUAAUGUUAUGCUGAAACAGGAAGCAUAGCCUCAGUUGACUUAACUCCCUGAAAUAGCAAAAUGAAACCCUUCCAUUUUGAUAUUAUUGUAUAAUUGUAUAAAAUUAAAAUUCACAUAGUGGACAAUAAAACCCUGGUUAUGCAGUGUCUCUUAAUUUAACUGUGAGAGGCAGCACUUUGUAACAACUCUAAAAUUGGCUUUAGUAAGAAUUGUUAUAAAAUGUAAUUUAAACAUCAGUUUGCUCAGAUCAGUUGCACCUCCAGCUGUGGUAUUGGUAUUCUCAAACUUGAAUUGUCAUUUCUUGUAGACCAAAGACAACCAUCUCAGAGAUUUUUGCAAUUAUGAGACAAUGGGUACCACAAGUUCAACAGAACAUUGAAAUGUUUAUUAGAGAGGUGAGCUAGAGGGAUUUGUAUGUGCCUGUGAGCUGUGUACACAAAAGCACACAAUUUCUAUCUGAGCUAAGAUUGGAUUUUUUAAGGUUGCCUUUAAUUACAGUUACAUUAAUAGUUGAACAACAAGCUAUCCUUUUUCCAGUUAAGUCUCUUAUAUGAGUGGAAAGAAAUCAGUAAAAAUUUAUCAGCACCACAUGGAACUCUUAGAGGAAGUCACAAGACUACAGACAAAGGCAUGGAGUUUUACCUUGCUUAGUUGAGGGAUUUUAGGAAUCAAAUUUACAUUCCAUGAGGUGUAACCAGUUCCAUUACCUUUCUUAAUGUAUUAUCAAUGUCUCGAUGUCAUGGAAGAUUAAUACUAUUCCUUUUUGCAUAGUGGUACCUCUAUCCUGAGUUCUGCAUGUUGUUGACAUGUUUUGUUCUGACUUAAUCACAGAUGAUUCAUGGGAAAUCUCAUGCAUGUAGUUUAUGAUCAAGAAAAAUGGUAGACUUAGCAAGCCCAAUGUCUAAGUUUAUAAUUGUUGUAUCGAUUUGUUAAAACUCAGAUUGUUUUUAAAAUAUUCAAAUCAUUACAGGUUGUUCACCUUCAUUCACCCUCUAACUUUCAGGUAUUAAGACGAGGUGCUCAUGUUGAUGAUCGGGAUGGUUUGACAGACAUGACAUUGCUGCAUUAUGCUUGCAAAGCUGGUGCAGGUAUACUUUUACACUCAGUAGUCAGUAAGAAAAUAAUUGACCUGACCCUUUACACCCUAAGAUCAGUAUACACAUUCUCAGUACUGUUUUCUAUACAUUUCCUAUGGUGCUGAUGAGGAGAUUUUGCUUUUAUUCUUUUCUAUUAUUCUCAUGACCUAAAUGUUUGAUUCAGGGGCGAGACUGUAAGGAGAAAUUAGAUGUCAGUCACUCUUAGGGGUUAAAGGGUUAAAUUUUUUAGAUGGUUGGUUAAGGUUGGAAAAGGUAGGGUACAACAGGCAUGCCUGUGGGUCAUAGGCAUCUUAGAAAGCCUUCUUCUCUCUGCCUGUGGGAUCUUUCUCUUAUAAGACUGGAGCAUCCUCUUUGAUUUCAUUGGCAUUGUUUUGUAGUUGGUGUUGGUGAUGUUGGAGCUGCAAGUAGUGUUGUCAGUUCACUGAUCUCAAAGGUAAGAACAGUUAAAUCAAUUCUUGUUACUUCUCCCUUGAAAUACACUAUUUUUAUGAGCAUGCAUAAAAUAAUUUGUAUGUAAGGUGGCUAUAGAAUCAUAUACAAUUUUUAAAAGAGGUUUUUCUGAUUUCAUCAGUUGUAUUCAGUAACAAUUACCAUUAUCUCAUUAUUAACCUGCACAGGGUAGUGAUGUUAGUCAGAAGUGUCGCUGGACUGACAUGCUCCCCUUACAUUAUGCAUCCUUCUUUGAUGCCGCACCAAUCCUUAGAGUUCUCCUGAAGGCUUCUAAUGCAAGAGGUAUGUUUUAAAGAGCUAUAUCAAACUGAAAGAAAUCAAUUUACUGAAAUAUUCAUUGUUUCUUGAACCCUCUUGAAUAAAAACCCUAGGGACACUGUAGGUCAUUAACCCUUUAACUCUCAAGAUCUCAUUAGUAAUUAUCCUUACUAUCUCCCAUACUUCUGAUGUUAGUUUAAAGAAUUUGGUAUUGGAUCAACUUAUAAUCCCCUAACUGAUAUUUUUCUUCAUUCUCAUCACUUUUCUGCUUGAUAUUGUAUUCUGUAAGGAGAAAUUCUGUCUUGAUCCCUCAUGGGAGUUAAAGGGUUGACUAGAGAGUUACGAGGCAAAGCCCUUUUUUUAUACUUUUCAAUAACAAUUUCAAGAAAAUGUAUGUCUAAGCAAAGGAUUUUUUGGAAUGAAUUAGCCUGAGAAACUAUAAACAAGGAGUGAUAAAAGGAAGCAACUGUUUAUUUUAAACAAUCAAUGAACACAGUUUCCAAACCAGCAAUUCACUUUACAAUUUUAGAUGCCAAAUUCUUUUUCUCAACAUGACAGCCAAAUGUUUGCAGCUUGUUGCACUGGAAUAUGUGUUUUCAUAGGAUUCUACCCAACCUACAGUAUCAAAAGAAGUAUCUCAUCCAGACAACUGGUUUAUUGUUAUAAUGCUUGUUCUUUUUUUUACUUGCAGAUGUUGAUACUCGGUGUAAAGAAUUUGAUAAUGGCACAUCUCUGCACAUUGCUGCAAGUAAUCUCUGCCUAGAAGGAGCCAAGUGUUUAGUAAGCGCCCACUAAGAUUACAUUUUUUAAUUUAAAUAAUACAGUUGAACCCUCACUCAUGGCCACUUCUCUACAGUUUCCACUUAUUUUGUCCCAGGGCAUGGUCCAAACACCAACCUCUGAACAGUUUAUCAAAGGGUGUGACAAUUUUCCAAAGCAAAUAACCCCUGGUAGCUUUAUUUCUCAAGGAAGGAAAUAAAAUAUUUUGAAGAGAAAAGGUCCAGUGAACUUUUUAGAAAUUGAUAUGCUGACUUUACCUGUCUGGUUUUCUUUUGAUUAAAUUUUCCCUAAUCAUUUGAUAAAUCUUUAAUGUGUCUAGUAGAAUCUGUAUACUAACCAUUAUUUCAAAACAGUUCAAAACUGUAAUUGAUUUUUCCUACUCAGUGGAAAAAAAGUCAUGUCACACCCCUACCCCCUUGCCUAAUUUUUUGCCAGUGUCACCUGCCCCUAAGAUGACCAAGGUUUGACUGUGAUUAUUUACCUGAAAUUAUACAUCUGUUAAAUAAAAUAUUCAAUCAACUGAUUAAAACAGCCAAUCUUUUUCUUUUUAAUUUGGUUUUUAUCACUUUAUGAGACAUGAGCUUUUUAUACCUAGUAAAAUUUUAAACAGUAUCAUAUCACUGUUAAUGUAUUUCAGCUUCAGCAUGGAGCAGAUGCAUCUUUGAGAGACAAACUUAACAGACUAGCUUUGCACUGUAUUCCUGAUGGUAAGAGUAAAGAGCAUUCAUAAAUAUUUUAUUGGAGGAGUAGAAUUUGUUAAUUUCAUCUUAAAUUGUUCCUGCUUAAACAAAAUGGAUAGUCUGGUAUUGAAUUUUAAUUUUGAGAUGAUACACUCUGACUGAGGAUUUUUGUAGAAUAUUUUGUUAACUUUCCAUAUUCUUAUGCAGUAAGUUACCUAUCUUUGUACAGCUGCAGUGUAUGAACAAGAUUCAGAACCAGCAAUUGUUGCUGACAAGCUGACAAGACUUCUCUCAGAAGCUGAGCCUCCACUUAACCCUAUGCAAGAUCAAGAGGUACAGCUACAAAAAUAUAUCAUUUAUACAUAAGGCUCUAUACUAUCAAAUGAAGAUGAUAGUUUGUAUGCAGGGUUGUCAAAACAAGCCUGCAACUGCACAUUUCACUGUUUACUCUGAAAAAUGUGCAAGCUUUUCUGAAUGUUUGUAGCUCAAUUUUCAGCAUGGAGGCUUGUCAGUGUACCACCUAAUUUUUAUCACAGUUUGGUUUCUGAAAAUCAUUUUGGCAACACAGUAUAUAUAAAUUAAUGAUAAUAAGAUGUUCCAGUCUGACUGGACUUUUUCAUGAAAUUUGUAGCUUGUUGUGAUGAUAUAUUCUGAGAUGCACUCUGUUAAACAAUUUUAAUAGUAAUGAAAAAAAAUAAUUAUCUAGUAUUCAUAUUGAUAAUGAUGCAAAUUUGUUUUUUCAACCUUUCAUCAACAGUGCUAGUUGUUAUUUGAAGUGUUAUCAAUAGUAUUGAUGAUGCAAUUUGUUUUACCUUCAUUGCAUUGUACUCAACAAUUUCAAAAUCAAUUUUGUAUGUACAUUUGUUACUUUUUAGAAUGAGGUUCCGUCUACUUUGGCUUCGAUGGGACUUAAAAUUGGUGAUCAAGUGUGUAUUGGAGGAAGUAAGGUACAUAAUGAUAUGAUUUAGUUGCUUUCAUCUACAAAUUUCUUAAGACUUCUUGGAAAGGAUGAUACAAUGGGAAAAGACAUUGUGAAUGGUCAUUGCAGCAAACCACUUCAUAUGUACUACUUUAUAAGAAAGUUAGUGCAACCCAUUCAAGGAUUUUAUUGUUGCAAUGAUGGCAUGAAUCCCAAGGUAAGGUGUAGUCAGGAUGAGCUCUGUUUCAUGGACAAUAAUGUCCAUAAAGUUCUCAGUCACACAACAAACAAAGCUUCAUAACAACUUGUCCCUCCAACAAGUAGCAACAAAUUUUUGAAAUUUGUUGCAACUUGUUCAAAUAGUUGUCUGAAAAAUGUGAUUGUAUCAACGAUAAAACGAAGACCUUGUUAGUAAGUAAUUCUCCUUUCUGCCUGCAAUACAAUCCCUUUAAGUUACUUUGGAGAUUUGGUCUUGAAUCAACCAACAAUUCCCAAUUUAUAAUUUUCUCUAUUCUCAUCAUUAUCUUCCUGAUAUUGUAAGGAGAAACUCUGUCUUGGUCACUCAUUGGAGUUUAAGUGUUAAUUGAUUUCAUUGCAGUUUGGGAUUCUUCGCUUCUGUGGUCCGACAGAUUUUGCCUCAGGGGAAUGGGCUGGUGUGGAACUGGAGACACCCGUUGGAAAAAAUGAUGGUUCAGUGGGGGGAGUGUCAUACUUCCAAUGUACUCCUAAGCAUGGUAAGGUGAAGCAUACCAAACUAGGCUGGUACCAAUAAAAUAUUUGGGGAAAUUUAUUGAGCAUACCCAAUAAAAAGUUGGAGUGUCUUUGCACUUUAUCACUUGAUUCAAAGCAUUAAAAGACAAACAUAUCAGUAAGUACAUUUUGCAUGAAUCAUAAGAAAAUGCACCCUUAGUAACAUUAAUUGUCUAUUUUUAGGGGGUGAGAAGCUUUAAGAAUGUUAGUUCAUUAUUUGUAAUACUUAUUUUGUUCACUACAUGAAAAUAACUCUAACCACAAAUCCACUUUCACAGGAUUAUCCUCCACAGUCCAUAAUAUCAAUGUUGUAAAAGUUCUCAGCAUCUUUUUUUGUUGCUACCCAGAUUAUCUCCAACCCAGAUCCUUAUUUUUCUAUGCCUAGUUUUGUCUGUUUGUUUGUUUGUUUGAUUCUUUGUUUUGGUUCUGUUUUGUAAAGAUUUCGCCUGACUUUCAACCACACUGAAUAUAGGUACUUAUUUUUGUGCAUUCAAUCAUCAGGUAUCUUCGCUCCGCUGUCCAAGAUAAGUAAAGCAGACUCCUUACCAAACUCCCGUCCCAAUUCCCGACCAACCUCUGCCUCUCGUAUUGCUCAAGCCCAGAUCUCUCAGUCUGGCUCACGGCCGUCGUCGAGGUCCAGUUCAAGACCUAACUCGAGAUCAGGCUCUCGCUCAGGCUCCCCAGCUCCCUCGCCGCGAGUGAAUGGAACCGACGAAACACUAGGUUUCCAGGUUAGUACCCUUUGGUUACGGGUGAUUAAUUGCGACCCUUUUCUCGCAUUUCGCCAUUCAAGAUGAUAGUAACAUUUUCCAGCGAAAAAUCUAUAACUGAGACUACGCUCAUAACCAGAGGUUAUGCUCUCUAUUGUAGAUUGGUGAUAACGUCAUGGUCGCCGGACAGAAAAACGGAGUUGUCAAGUUUAUGGGAAGAACGCAGUUUGCUGAAGGGUGAGUUUUCAUCGAAAGAUUUUGGUAGGUUCUAGUUGCAGAUAUAGUGUACUGUAAUAACUCAAAUCCAAAUAAAAUAAUGGCUGUUGAAUUUCUUGAACCGAAAGCGUACCAGAAAAUCGAAAAAGAAAACAAAUACGUUUUGCAAAAUUUGUGCCUAUGGUUUCAACAAUCCUGAAAAUUAUUUUUCUUAACUGCUAGGUUGUUGCUUUUAAAAGUACCUUAGUAUUGAAUUCCAAGUAUAAUUUUAAAGAUUCCCUAGAGCUUUCUGCAAUCAUAAUUUUUUUGUUAUGAUCCAGUUAAAUGUCCUAGAGAUCCUGAAAGAAAUCAAAGACUCCUUUCAGGCGAGUUUCAUAAUGUUCAUAGAUGCGCGGAUCGCUCAUUUCUUCACCGCAGUGCACAUAUAUGAUUUUCAUAUAUUUCCAGUAAUUAUUGAGUUUUAAAUCUUUCAAAGUUUCUUUGCAAGUAAAGAAAUUGUAUGUGAACUCACUAGAAAUGAGAAUUUAUUACAUCAGUUUGUUUUUAACUUUAAUUUCUAGUUUGUGGCUCGGUAUUGAACUGGAGCAGGCUGUUGGCAAGAACGAUGGCUCAGUAGCAGGAGUCAGAUACUUCGCCUGCAAACCGAGCCAUGGCGUGUUUGCUCCUCCAUCUAAAGUCACCAAGUUAGUAACUCUCCUAAUUUAAGGAGGCUUUGUCGUUAGAUAUGCAGAGCACGUAGAAAGAUGUUACGAAAACCUCUGCAAAUUAUUCACGUGGAAUGUCCAACCCCGUGCUAUAUAAUUCAGAUUUUCUUAAGAAUGAUCUCUCUCGUGUUUUGCUCACUCUUUAACUUUUUACACCCUUACAUCAAGAUGUUUAUUCUCCAUACUGCUCCUUAUACAUUUCUUAUGGUACUUAGAGGAGAGUUAGUUUGACAAUCACGAGCUUGUUUAGUUUGCGUUCAACUCGUUAUUUUUAAUUGUCCUAUUCAGCAGUGAUGCUUUAAGGAGAAAUUUGAUCCCAGUCACUCUUCUCGCUGUCAGAAAUACAUGAGCUAAAUAGUUUUCCAUUUCUAGGAAAUCAGACCUGACACACACAAGCGAGCAGAAUGGCUUUGCAGUCCCAACAAUCCCAGCCCUGAAGAGCAAGUUCGGCUCCCAGAAUUCAUUACAAGCGUCUGGAUCACACGGAUCACAAAGCGACUUAUCACAAACAGACUCCAACCCAGACCUCAACAGUAGCGCGAGGAAAGUAUCGACCCAGUCCAACCCGGACCAACAAACACCAAGACGAGGCAGUGCAUCUUCAGUUGCUUCUGAUAAGUAUGAAGAUUAGAAAUUAGUUCGUGGUUCUUUGAUUGUCCUUACAGUUUUGGAAACUUAUCACUAAGUUACAAUUUAUAACUGACAAUUUAAAGGCUAAUGAUGGUAAUUCAGUUUUGCAAAUAUGAAAAUCUUGAUCCGUUUCAGAAGCUUGCAGACAAUACGGAGGGGUAGUUUACCUCAACAGAAAGGAAAAGGGUCAGCAGAAUUCCAACUUACUACGGUAAAUAAAAUGUUCAGUAGUCCGCACACAAUUGACAGUGUGUCUACAAAGGCACCCCUCGAUCGCCUAAUCACAGCUUGCGCGUAGUUAAGAGUUAUUGUCACAUCUCUCAGUUAGUAGGUGUGUUAUGAUUGGUCAACUCAGCUGCUGUAUUUCUCUGCACGGCCUGCUAAAUUCAAAAGUUCCUUUAAAUUGAAAUUCUCCACCUCUGUUUGAACCCAGAGAUAGAUAAAUAUCCCACAAACCUCGAUUUCGUGGUCCGUACUGUAAGUUACAGAACCGCGUUUUUCCACUGGGAUUUAUGAUUUUAUGAAAAACUCGAUCUGUAAUUUGAAGGACCACGAUUUCGGUUAGUAAGAAGUAUAUAUUUGCCUCAAUCGUGCUUGCGCCUUCGGAAGGAAAGGCAGACUUCGAGCCUUGAGGUAAGGGCUCACUGCUUUGUAUUACACGGAAUUCUCAUAGCUGAAUAUACUUAGAAUGGGAGCUCUCCCCAUCUAGUGGCAUAGAGAGAUACCGAGGAUCUGACUGAGAAACGGACAGAGGGAUAACAUUUAUUCAAUUAGUUUUCACCCUGUAGAAUAGCAGUACUCCAAGUCACUGUAUGUUCGAAAACCUGGAUAACAUUUCCGCGUGUUAUAACUGUAACGCCCACAAGAUAUUUUUAUAUCGCACAAUUUAAUUUGCAUUGAUUCUGACACAUUUGCAAACUCAACUAUAAUUUAGAGGAAAAUGUUUUUCGUCUAGUCACGAGCGUGGGACAAAGAAAAAAUUCUGAGUUCUUUACAAACUACAAUUUACUUGAUGUUUUUCUCCCCAACUACCUUUUUUUCAUUCUCAUUGUGUUGUUUGCAGGGUCUAAGUGUGCUUGUUAACGGCGAACUAGGCGUUGUGCGAUACAUUGGCCCAGCGGAAUUUGCAGAAGGGAAAUGGUUGGGUGUAGAAAUGAGAAAACCUGGUACGAUAUAA